AUGGACCACGAGCGGAGCCGGGUCCUUCAAGUCACCAAGGUCAAGUUGUCCAGCCGUUCUAAUGGGCGAUUCCCAGAUACACUUGGAUCGAACACAGAUUGUGUCAGGAUUGUCCUGAUUGGAAAAACGGGAGUUGGAAAGAGUGCAACAGGAAACACCAUCUUAGGAAAAAAAGUUUUCGAAACUUCCAUUUUCAGUACAUCAAUGACAGAAGUUUGUCAAAAGGGCACAGCAAUAGUAAAUGGCCAAGCUGUUGCUGUUGUUGAUACACCAGGGCUGUUUGACACAAAAGUGCCCAAUGAAGUGAUUAAGAAAGAAAUAAUGAAGUGUUUCAGUUACCUGGCCCCCGGACCACACGCCUUCCUGUUGGUUCUGUCUAUUGGCAGUAAGAUGACAGCUGAAGAAAGGGAAACAGUGAAUCUAAUCAAAGGUGCUUUUGGCACCAAUGCAGAGAAAUUCAUCAUCAUUCUUUUCACCAAAGGGGAUGGUCUGGAGUGGUUUUCUAUCGAAAAUUACGUUAAGAAAGGUGAUCGAGAGAUUAAAAAGCUAAUUGAUGAUUGUGAUGGACGUUUUCAUGUGGUCAACAACAAAGAGAAAGAUCCUAGUCAGGUGAUUGAUCUUAUGAAGAAAAUCAAUAUAAUGGUGAAGAACAAUGGUGGAGACUGUUACACCAAUGAGAUGUUUCAAAUGGCUGAAGACGCAAUUAAGAAGAAGUUUGAAAAACUGAUGAGGGAGAGGGAGGAGGAAAUUCAGAGGGAAAAAGAACAACUUCAGGCCAAGUUUGAAGAAGACCUAAGAGUGAUGAUGAAAGAAAAAACAGAGGAACUAGAGAGGGAACGAAAAGAUAGAGAAAUUAUGCUGAAAGAAAAGGAAGAGUCUAUGAAGAAUGAGAUGAAAGAAAGAUAUGAGAAAGAGAAAAGGGACAGGGAAGAAGAGGAUGAUAGAAGGAGAGAGGCCCAGGAACAGAUAUGGGCAAAAACGGUCCAGGAACUCAAAAGGAAACAGAAAGAACAGGGAGAACAGAUGGAGAGGGAUCACACAGAACGUAUUAAAGAAGAAAGAGAUAAAGCAGAAAAAGAACAGAAGCAUGUGGAAAAAGAUGUGGAAUAA